AUGCACGCACAUACAUACCCAUCUGUGAUACCAACGAUGAAUUUAAAUCCCAACAGCACCAAUACAACCAAAAACCACUCUUGCGAACCGCCAUCAGUCUUGCGUCAUACUUUGUCGGCAGUGCCAGUGCCGCAUCUUAAUCAAAAUGUGGUGCUUUCAAUACCCAGCUCUUUGCAAGACAGCACAUCUACUCCCACGUCAGUUACCGAACACAGCUUUCCUGACCGCUCUCAAACCCCAAAUACCACUGAAUGUUCAUUCUCCCAGCCAGAGUGCAUCUCCUCACCCUUGUCUACCAAUACAGCAUUAGAAACACCACGCGUCGAGCGUGUACCAUUUCCAUCAGCGAGCUACACUGAAAUCACUGUUGCCAACCCGAUCGCCUUUACUACUCAACCAAUAGAUCCAAACUUGGAGUCUUGUCAGUCCCAACCCUUGAGUUCUAGUGGCUUCUCUUUCCAAAGCACAUCGCGAUUUGCUACGUUUGAGGAAAUGUCCACACAUUUAUCAAAUACAGAGUCAUUGCUGACAACCCUCACUGAAGAAAACCGAAUCAUGCAUACUAAAGUAAAUCGGCUGCAAUCCAUUAUAGACUUUCAGCAGUGUCAAAUAUCUUGUCAAACUGCUACAAUUGAUGCUCAAAUGGAUUUGGCUGAACAGCGUCAAGCAUGCAAAAUUGAGCAGUUGCCUGACAUAUGUGAUCAGCAAUGGGUGAAUGAUGUAUUUGAAGAUGAAAUGCAUCAGGCGGAGCUAAAGAUUAAAGAAUCAAUGAAGACGCUUUUAUUUCUUGAAAAUGGAAUCCAGGAAAUUGAUGAUGCCACUAAAGCCAUCACUCAACCUCCUUUGCUCAGUAAACAAGACUAUUCUCUACAACACAACUACUCUUCACCAGAAACAACAGAAGAGAUCACUGGAAUGGCUAUGAAAAUUGGGCAGCUUCAGCAGCGACUCAAUGUUGCCAACAAGUUUAUAAAAGGUGGUCGUCUUCGAAAACAAAUUGAUAUGCUAAAGCAAGUCAUUACAUGCUCUCACAAGGCUGUUCAAGUGCGAGAUCAACUCAUUUGCAUUUUGAAAAAACGGUUAGGACUGCCUCAUUCUGUUUCAUUUGAUGCUCGUAUACCAGAAAAUCACAGUUUAGCACAUUUAAAUGUGGCUAAUGAAUCAGAGACAAUGUAUAUGCAUGCAUCUGUAGAUGGCGGGUCGAGUUUAUCGACGCGUCCUGCUUCAAAUCCAUCGAGUAUUCCUGCUCAUAUUGGAGGACCAUCAAAUACACUAAACACUGUAGCGUCAUCCACAGAAGGAGUCAAAUUGUGGCCAUUUCUAGAAAAGGUGACCAUCGUAGCAGCUUCAAGCCACUCUGCAUCAAGACAGCCCAUUCACCUGAGACUUGGGAACAGUUUGAGAAAACUCAUGAUCAAAACUGAUCCGCCAAGAAACCAGCAGAUUGAUAUCAAAACUCAAAGAAAGAUUUUUAGAGAUGAUACCAAAGUAAAUCUUGAAAGGGGAAGUUUGGGCAUUAGCGCAGAUACCAUGCCAGUCAUCCAAAUUACUCCCGUAUCUACAAUUGUACAGAUAAAAAGAAGUCAAUCGCUUGGUGGGACUCCACAUCAAUCGAUUUCUCAGACUCUACAUAUUAAAGCUAAUUCUGCUCAGCAAAGACCAUCGGCUGUAUCUGAUUCCAUCAAAGAAACUACACAACUCUCCAACCCUCAGCAGCGUAUAGCAUCCCUCUGGUCUACAGGCUUUCAUAACCCAACAAGAAGAUUCUCAAUUCCAUCAGGGUUUCUCAGUAAUGUCAGGCGAUCAUCUGUGCCCAAUACAAGCGUGUCGGGUAAACCAGGCAUUAUGCACCAUUUGUUCAAGGAGCAUCGAGUGCGUGCAUCUGAUGAGCCAAGUCAUGGAACUCAUAUUGGCGAUGGGAGUUUACAGAAAGUAGUGUAUGGCGGAGAUGUUAGUGUGUCUACUACAAUCAAAAUUCAUUCCAGCUUGUCUUUGCCUCAUCUUUCUUCACAGCACGAUCCUACGCUUAAUACACGAGGACAAAAAGGAUGA